AUGGUCCAGACAGCUAAGGAAGCAUUGAGCCACCUGACGGAGGGGGACUGGGAACGCCGCAUCGCCUGUUUCCUCCUGGCACAAAGGACAAUGCCCAACCCAGUAAGUGAACGCUGCCCAGUCGAACUCCUCAUGGGCCGGAGGCCCACCACCCUGCUGGACCGGCUGCACCCCGACAGGGCUCCGGAGACAUGGAACGACCCAGAACAGAGAAAAGCACCCCGUGGCUUCUUCCCAGAGGACCCUGUCUUUGCAAGGAACUUCAGAAGAGGGCCGGAAUGGGUUGCGGGCCGCAUCAUCCGCCCCACAGGCACCAUGAUGUACGAGGUGUCAACAGAAGACGGGCAAGUACUGCGGCGGCACAUCGACCAGCUUCGUCGGCGCCUGCUUCCGGAUCAUACGGACGUAGAGGAGAGGGAACACGGAAUCGGCCCAGAGUGGGGCUCCCCAGUCGCACCGGCGCAGGAUCCGCCCAUGGAAGAGCAUCCCGACAGGGCCCAUAACUCCCCGGAGGCCAUUGAGGAGGCCUCAACAGCCGGCACUCCAGAACCUGAGGGGUCGGCACCACAGGCGCUCCCCGGCAUGGGGAACGGGCCCCCGAGGUCCCUAUUCCGAGCCCCAGACGAUCCACCAGAGAGCGGCAGCCCCCGGCAGAUCGCGGAGUUCGCGCGGGUGAUCGGGAUCGACCCGGCCCACGAGCCGGAGCUGAUGUGGCUGGCGCGGGAAGGCAUCGUGGCGCCUCUGCCGGCCGAGUGGAAGCCCUGUCAAGACAUCACUGGUGACAUCUAUUAUUUCAACUUUGCCAAUGGUCAGUCAACAUGGGAUCACCCGUGUGAUGAACAUUACCGGCAACUUGUGGUCCAGGAGAGGGAGAAGCUUCUGGGACAAGGAGCAGGCAUCAAAAAGAAAGACUACAAGAAGAAGAAGAAGGAAAAGAAAGAUAAAAAGGAAAAAAGAGAGCCACGUCCAGUUGAGGUCCAGUCUGAGCCGGGGAUCCUUCCUUCAACAUCCUUUUAUAGAGUUUCAUCCCCUGUCCUGUUGUCAGAGUGCAUGAGCCCUGACCUAGAGCAGGGUAGCGUGAUUGCGAGAAAUGAAGGCUUCUUGAGAAACCAGAAGGCAAAGGCUUCAGGGAUGCUUCUAGACUCAGUUGACUGCCCCCGGCUGUUCUCUGGCCCCGCCCCGAGUAAACUGCAGCCUCUUCAGACAGCAAAGUCAAACAAGACUCAUCAAAUGCUUGCAGAUGUGGAAAAGAUUCUUGGAAGAACGUCAUCGCGUAACAGACGGAACACUGGCUACCAGCCGUGUGAAGUUCUGGGUGCAGAAAGGAGCGAUGCUACAGCUUUUGCCUUUUCAGACUCUGAACCUGAGGAGCUAGACAAUAUCAAGGUCACAAAGCACAUUUUCCAGACGCCCACAGAAUCCUUUCAAAUGGUGGAGAGUGCUAAAACUGUGCUAGAGCCAGGUCCUUUUAAGGACCGAAACCUCUUUCUCAGGGGAGAAAAUCUAGGCAAAGACCAAGGGUGCAGUCGGGUGGGAGGGGCUGCUGAUUCCUUGACUGGACAAAAGACUAAGGAGUCUGGUAGUUGGAUGGUGAGGGAUGGAGGCUUCUUUCAUGACUUGGGAAAUGAAGUGCUUUCUCCCGCUGCUUCUUCCCCCAAACGUGUUAGCCAGAAAUCCAGCACUGAGACUGUAGAUGGACAAGAUGACAGUCAUUCUACGCAGAGUGGACAGAGGCUUCUCAGCAGAACGGUAAAGAGCAGAAGGGAGAGGAUACCUCCUGAGCAGGGCCAGAGUCAGAUCGCUGAACUCAGCAAGAGCAGCCACUCAGGGGGCAAGAGCGGAAGAGAAUGUGCACAGCAGGCUGCGCCCGAGAUGCCUCCUGGUGUCUGGGCUCAAGGCCAACCCCACCCCCUGGAGGUCUCUCAGGGGACUGCGCUUUUUGCCGAGCUUGGAGAAAAGGACAGAAUGGGUGAGGAGGAGGACGCCUGUGCCCUGCGGAUGACUGUUCAGCCCAGAGCUGAAAAGGCCGGUGGUGCGGGGCCCAGCUGUGGCGGUGGCAGCAUGACGAGCAGUCUGGCAGACCACUUGGAUUCCCAGAUCUUGGGAGAAGUGGACAACUUCUCCUGGGACCUGCAGAGCUCCAAUGAGUCCGAUAAUCCAACCGAUCCGCCGGCUUCCGCAAAGAGACUUUUCCUGGAUUCUCUCUGUGCCCAGCCUCUAGACUCUCCAGAUAAGUCAGAGAGUGAGUGCUCCUCUGAGGAGCAGAAGUUCUGUCGGCCUGUGUUUCAUAGGAGGAAGAGAUCCCAGGGAGCGGAGCCGCCUGUGUCUGAACCCCUGGAGCAACAGCAAAAGCGCACCAGAGAGCCAGGUCUAGAGCAGUCGAGCCAAAUAAAUUUGGCACUUCGUAUCGCUCAGGAAGGGCCUGAGGAAGCAGGUGGAAGACCAAGGCAAAGUAUUGCAACAUUUGAGAGGGGGGAACUGCAGAGUCCAGGUGAGCGUCAGGUGUUCAUAUUUCAAAGUAGGCAUGCAGAAGCCAAUUCAGUCCAGAACAGGAAAUGGACAGAGGAUGACGGCAAGCCUGAGCAUUCACCAGAAGGAGACAGUAAAGAGUCUCCAGGCUCUAUCCUCACGCCUGUUCAGACUCCCUUGGGUAGUUUGGCUCCUUUACGUGGCUUUGCAGAAACUACUUCUGGUGCAGUCCAUGACUCGCUAAAUUCCAGUGGGAGAAGCUCAGAGGAACCCAGGCCACAGGGCCGAACAACUGAAGUGACCCUCAAGUCUGUCAGCUGCAGGAAUGGUCUCUUUGGACUCACUGAAGAAGCAGCAUCGUUGAAGCAACUGACAGAAGCAGAAAAGGAAGAAGGCAGCAAUGAGUGUCCCCGUGGGACAGUCGGACUUCUCAGGAACAUACAUGUGGACGUUAGUGCCCUUGGAACCAGCUUUGACAAUGAGGCUUCUGACAGCAGUAGUCCCAUGAAUGAAUGGCAGGUAUCGGACCACGUGAACCCCGAGCCAAAUGAUGUUGAGGUUCCAGUCUUUGAGAAUGUCUUAGAUAAGGAUGUGUUUCCUCCAGCCCUGGGCAGUGCAGAGUUUGCAGUGAGCAGAGCCACUGUGGAAAGUACUUGGAAAGAGGAGGUGGAUGGAUCGUUGGCACAGGGGAAAGACCAGAGCAAAGAGGAGCAAAGCCCAGCAAGCAGAGGACAGGCGGCAGCGGAUAAGCGUGAGAGGAGUGAAAACUGUUCCAGUGCUCACGAAAGGGUUGAAGAGAAGUGUUCCAGUGUGGAGAAGACGGGCUUGGCAGGUGCUGGUACCCGGGAGGAGGAGGAGAUAACUUUAAAUGGGCUGAAGGACACCAAGGAGCCUGACACGCCUUGCCAGGAGGAGUUUGGGGCUGCAUCUGGAGACUCCCUGGAGGAAAUAUUCAAGGAAGAACAGAAUACACUGGAGCAAUUAAAAAUGUGCCUGCAGCAAGAGAAAGAGUCUCAAGUCCAGUACUUCCGGCAAGAGCUACAACGGGAACAGGAGGAGGAGAUUCUGCGGCUCCGUCAGCAAAAAGAGGGUGCCCUCUGGUCACUGAAAACAGAGUUGGAGAAGACCAGGCAAGAGGAGGAGCUGCGUUUGAGGGAAGAGUUGCAAGACAAACUCCUGAAACUCCAGAGCGAGAGUCAGUCUGAACUGGAAGCAGAGAAGGAGAGACUCAGGUAGGAUAUGGAAUUGUUGCAACAAUCGGAGAAGGGAAGGCUUCAGGAACAGAAGCAGUUUGCUGUGGACAGAAUGAAGGUGGAAGCAGAAGCUAUUAAGCAGGCAGAACUGAAAAAGCUGGAGCAAGAGAACAUGAGAGUUGUGAGCGAGAUGAAGGAGAGACUGCAGAGGGAAAAGGAAGUGGCUAUGGAAGAACUAGAGAAGCAGUUUGUGGCUGAGCUGCAGUACCAGCAGACUGUAGCGAGAGUGGAGCACCUCAAGGUUGUCUCAAGCCUCCCAUCACAGGUCACAGAGGCCCCCAGAAGGCAGGAGGCCGAGCUACAGGAGGAUUUGGUGAGCACAGAGCAGAGAACACAGCAGAAGAGUCACCAAGUGGCUGAAUACAAGGAAGAGCUUAGCUGCCUCCUGAAGGAGAAACGGCAAGAGAUCGAGCAAGACCAUACAAGAAGAAUGGAGAGGAUGAGAGAGGCGCACCAGGAGGCCCUGGUUAGGCUCCAACAGGAAUAUGAGGACGAGGAGAGGAAGCAGCGGGCAGAGCAGAUGGCGGCCUUGCGAAGUGAGCAGUGUCGCCUGGAGGAGCUCCAUGAGGCAGAGCUCAAGGCUUUGCGGAAGAAGCAGGCUGAGCAGCUGAAGGGCCUGCGGAAGAGCCAUCAGGAGCAGGAAGAGGUCUUGAGGAAGAAAAACCAAGAAGCUCUUGAUGAAGAGAAGAAACUGGGGCAAGAGAGAAACGAAGCAGCUUUGGCAGCUCAGCUCCGUAUCGCAGAGUCCCAGAGAGAGCAGGAGGCUCUGACGGAGACCAUACAGCAGCUGCGCAAGACUGUGCUGGAGCUCCAGGCCCAGAAAGCAGAGCUGGAGUCACAGGUGGAGCUGCUACACUUGCGGAGACAGCGCCUGCAAGAGCAGACCAGUGAGCUGGAGGCUGCCGGCAAGAGCAAGCAAGAGCUGCUGAAGACGCUGGAUGUGCAGAGCAGCGUGGCCUCUCCAAGGAAAAUGGACGAAGCCCUCCGAGUGGAAGACCUGAGAGAGAGCGAUCCGGCGCCCUCCUCCAGAGAGAUGGAAUCGGAAACGAACCAGAGCCAUGAAGAAAGCAGUCUCAUUCUGGAUCAGGUUCGUCGUUGCAUCUCUGCUGAAGGAGCUUCCAUAAAGAAUACCAAGGACUUCUUGGUGCACCAGGCCCGCUCCAAGAGGAGAAGGCAAAGCACCCUGAGAACCGUCAAGCAGCACUGGAGCCAUGACCGGCGAAGGGCACAGGAGACCACCAGGAGAGACCCGGGCCAGUCCCAGGUUCUGGAGGAGGGAGUGUGCAGGAACCUGGAGGAGGAAGCCAGGCAUCUGGAUGACAGGAGUUCUGCCAUGAGGAGAGGCCAAGCUCUGGUGAAGAAGAAAGAGGAGUUGGAGUCAUCCUUGUUGGAAGAGCUCUCUGAGGAAGUGACGCUGAAGGGAACAGCAUGCAAGAAGGUGGUGACCUUUGACCUCAGUGACUCUGAAGACUCGGGUGGUAGGGCAAACACCGAGGCGUUUCCCCACACAAUAGUUGACUUGAAAGCAGGCUUGCAGUUUCCCCAGAACGACCAGAUCCACUACCUGACGGAGUCGCUGCAGCGGAUUACCAGCGACCUGAAUGGCGUCCUUGCCCUCCUGAGCACCUUCGGCAACCAGCAGCCGCCUCGCUUCCCUUCCGCCCAGGAUGGCAUUCCUCUUGCUGCCUACAUCUCUCUGUCACGUGCCCACCCAUCUGCCGGGACGCCUCUGGCUAACCAGUGGCCCUGGAGUCCCGGCUUGGGUUCCAGGCUGGCAGCACCUUCUGGCCAGGCUGUGGACAGCAUGUUGGCAGAGAAGUGGCGCAAGUAUUUCCCAGGUGGGUUCCCGUUGCCCUUCAGCGGCUCUGGCUCUUUGGACGGCAAGCUGGGAGGUGCGGCAUCCAGCAGUGAGCAAGUUUGCCUGUUCCAGCCAUGCCCUUUCCAGGCCCACGAGACUGAAAGGCCGAAUAUCCAGGGUAUGAUUGAAGCCAACAGGAAGUGGCUGGAAGGUUUCAAGCAGGAUUCCAAAAUUCCUCUCUUGCCAAGCUCACCACCAAAGACAGCAGCGAGCCUCCCUGGCCCGGUGCAGCUUGGCUUGGAUGACAGCAACCAGAUCAAGGUCUUCCACUUCUGA